AUGGCAAGCUUCACGAAGUGGAUACAAGGAAAUCUGGAAGAAGGAGCGAAAAGGCAUUGCAAGGGACUCCAAGGCGGAAAAGAGUCCGAGAUGACAGUCUGUGGAUUAGUAGAGGGCAGGUUAAAGGAGGGACAGAGUUCAGUCUCAGGGAGAUGGAUGUCCAUAUUAGCAAAAAACAACUCGAAACCCCCAAAUCUAGCGACAGCUGCCAGCAUCAUAUGCAGAGACAUAGAGAAGUGGACAGCAAGUCUAAUCCCUGAAGAAGCAAACGACGUCUGGAGUAAGAGUGGAUGUUCAAUCGAGACUCUGGGGGUGCGGGGAAGGAUAACAGAGAAGAAAACUUGUCAGUGGGACAAUGAUAAAGUGAUAUGGCCGCAGAUAUCAUUAUCGGCGGAGUUAGAUUCCCACAGAACCAACAACAGGUCUUUAAUGAUUUGCAUGGAUAUGGUAUCAAUAAUUUUGACAAUAUUCAGGAAUCUGGAUAUAAAGGAUCACGGGAUAACGUACAGAGACAAGGAUGUAUGUCAGUCCCUCUAUGAGGAGUUUAAGGACUGGGGUGGGGAGGAAGUGGCAGAGGAAGUCAUGAGCUUUUGGUUCCCACUAAACACAAGGGGAGUAAAAAUCGGCGGCAGAGAGUAUAAGAAUCCAAAGCGGCUGGGGGGAACAUGGAAAGAAGCAUUCUAUUUGUAUGGAAACCCAAUAACGGGAGUGCAGUGUUCGAGAGCACGCGACGGAGUGCCAAAAAAGUACAUGACGAGUUGUUAUUGGAAAUCACAAGGAGACAACUGUGAAUCAGGGAACGAUACCACAUGGGUAGAGCCACAGGUGAAAACGGAAGAAGAACGCAAAGCCCAGGAGAGCAGCAUUCUUAACAGCGAAGCCGAUCCAGUAUUGCAGAAGUGGAAGGAACUAACAGCCCUAGAGGAUGAAUCAGGCCAGACAAGGAAAACGUCAACUGGGGGCAAAAUAGCGGGGGAGAAGGCUCCAGUGAACAAGGGGGAUUUCAAGAGAGUAAGUCUCAGCGAGUUUAUAUUACUGUUGGGGCAAGGGAUGGGUCCUAAAGGAAUAAGUAGCAAUAAAGGAACCUGGAGGACACUGGAAGAGUCUCAUGUUGUAGGUGUUUUCCACAAGACACAAGGGAAGGGAGAACUAGGCCCAGACCUGAAGGACCAGAUCAGGAACAACAACCACCCAAAGGGCCCAGAAGAGCAUGUAUGGACGUAA